AUGCUAUCCUACAAGAUACUUCUUUUAUCUCUUACACUUACUGCGAUAAUAUGCAGCAGCACAAUAUAUAGCUCAGAAAGUGAAGAAGAGAGUGUUUCUGAAACAAUUAUGCCAACACAAUUGAAAAAUAAAGGGCUUAAGAGAGUCAGUAAAGCCAGCAGAACAUCCUCUAGCAAAGUGUUUGUAACUGAUGCAGAUAAAGAAAGAGUCUCAUCUAGCAAAGAUACAAAUACUUCAAGCAAGCCAGUCAUACAAUCGAAUAUUUUGAUCCGUAAACCAGUCUGUAGCACUUCUUUUGUUUCCAGUGCAGAUAGAAAUGAGAGCCAAAGUGAUUUGUUCAUUGAAAGGCUGCAGUUCCUAAAAGAACAGCGCGUGUUUGAGCCAAUAAUGAAAAACAUACACUCAAUACUAAACCCAACUACCAUGAUGCUCUAUACCAACUUCUUCGAUGCGUCUUUUAUGUCUGUUCUUAUUAUGGACACGAACUACAAGAAGAACUACAUUCUGCUCAACUAUACAAGAGGCUCUGAUCUAGAGAAACCCAAUAACCCGGAUGAUCCAUUAAAUCUAUUCAACCCCAUGAAUCCACUGAACAUAUGGGAGGCUCCUGACCACCGAGCCGAGUCUACUUUCAAAAUAAAAUUUAAAAGAGACGGAAAAGAGCUAACUUUUGAAAUAGACUUAAAAGGAAACGGAAGUAAAUAUGCUGCCAAUCCUGAUAAAGCCAUGCAAAUCAUCAAUCCCAUGUAUCUUUUAAACAGCGGUGCGGAUAAGAAUAAAGUAUUAGCAUACUUCAAACAUGGCUCUGAUGGGAAAAGCCGUAAAACCGAGUAUAAAAUAAACUCAGCAGAACUGCACAAGAUAUUUCAUCUCAUAUGA